AUGGCUGACCUCCUCCACAAAGCGAUAAGAGCUAUGUCCAUUGGUGAUGAUGAAGAGCCCCUUACCCUACCUGAUGAACCCUGUUUCCGUGUCAUUGAUGAGAAUGAAACUAGUAUCCUGGGCCGCUUGCUGAACCCCGAAUGUCAGUCCAUGGCUCGAAUGAUAGACUAUAUGCCUACACCGUGGCGUGUUUACGGUCGUGUUCGAGGGAUUGCUCUCUCGAAAGACAGGUUCCAGUUUGUUUUCCAGCGAGAGGAAGAUCUACAGACGGUCCUCAAAGAUAGACCCUGGUCUUAUAAUCAUUGGGCUAUGGCUUUGGAGAGAUGGACAGCUAACCAUCCUGAUGACUUCCUCAAAACGAUGGAUCUGUGGAUUCGAAUUAGGCAUAUUCCAGUGGAGUUCUUCACUACUGAUACUAUGUACCGCCUGGCGUCAGAGGUUGGAAAAGUUGAUGUUAUUGCUUACGAUCCUAAGGUCUCCCAGACUAAGGACUACAUCAGAGCCAAAGUUUGCUUCAACCUGGAUAACCCGGCCAAGGCAUUCAGAAGAUUGAACCUCAAGUCUGGUGGGACAUGCCCACUUUUGCGUAGAGGUGGUGUAAAGGAGAAACAAAUAUCUAAUGACCGAGAGGCAUUGCCUGAGCCUCGUCCUAAUCUUCCCAUUGUGAGAGCUUCAUUACUGGAUGAGGGCCCUCCUGGUUUUCCUCCCAUGUUUCCGGAGCUUUCAAAGCAAGACCAAAAAAUGGCUAUGAUGUAUAUCUCACAUGCUGAUGAGACAGAACGCAGAGCUAGAAUCGAAAGAGUCAAGCAAGGUAUUGAUGAUAGUGCUGCUGAAGCUUCGGUCCGUAUCACUCGGAUUACCAAUGAGCUAGACAAAAGAAAAGGCCAUGUUUUCUCUUAUCAAGACGAUACAUUGGUCUCUAAGAAACAGAGACCCCUCUUACUUGGAGCUUACUCAGAAGGCUAUGCUCAAUCUCUGGAGGAAGGUGAGGCUGAUUCUUCGGCUACAAAUGUUUCCUUUACGUCUGCUCCCACUGCGGUUCUGACGGGUUUUCAGCUUGGCCCUUCCUCGGGAGGGCGAGUCUCCGGGAAUCAAAAUGCCAGCAAGACCCAAAGGAAGAGGCCUCCGUCCUGGAAGAGGAAACCCAAUACCAGUCGUGCUCAGGCUUCUUAUCCUGCUCCUUCUCAACACCUGAACAAGACCCUACGGUGGCUUCCGUAUUGA